CCCGGAACCGCCGCCGCUAGGGAUGGAUGGUCAGACUCUGCGAAAGGCUCAGAGAAGUCGGUCCUGCUCUCGGGAGAAAAAGGAGGGUUACACUGAGGACAUGGUGACAGACUUUGAUGAGAAACAUGAUGAGUAUUUAAUAUUGCUUCAGCAAAGGAACCGGAUAUUGAGACAUCUGAGAGCCAAGGACCCCGUGCAGCUGAGGCUGGAGCAUCUGGAGCAGGGCUUCUCCGUCUACGUCAAUGGGGCCAACUCGGAGCUGAAGACGUCACCGCGCAAGGCCACGCACGCCGAGGGCGCACACGAUCAUGGACGAAGAAUUCCAUUUCGAGAAACUGAAGACCUCUUAAGACGCAGUUCACGGACGGCCCCCAGCAAGGUCCAGCGCCGAGGAUGGCACCAGAAAUCGGUGCAGAUCCGAACAGAAGCUGGCCCGCGGCUCCACAUUGAACCGCCUCUGGACUACUCAGAAGAUUUUGAGCCCCUGGAGGAUGUGACUGUCAAGACAAAGGAUGCUUCUGGAGAUCAUGCCCAGGAUUCCAAGUCCCCCCGCAGCACCACGCCCUGUGACUUCAGCCUCUCCCUUCUGAGCACGCGUGAGCAUCCUGAGCCUGCGAGCGGCAGGGACAAGGAGAGGAUCCUCCUGACCAUCCAGGAUGUGAUGGAACUGAGGAAAAGCCUGGAAGCCAGUGUGAAUCGACAGAGGCAGACGGACAGUUCCAGCGACGAGUACGACUCAGUGGAGGAAGACGUGCUCUCCGAGCCCGAGCCCGGGGACCAGGCGCCCGGGGGAAGCCCCAGAGACAACCCCACUCCUUCCAGAGGACGCUCAGUCCAGAAGGACGUGUCCGAGGACCAGGAGGCAGGACGGCCUUCCCAGGGCCCAGACACCCUCGUGGUGCUGGAAUUUAACCCGGCUUCCAAAAGUCACCGGAGGGAGAGGAACCUGUCUGCCAAGCGGAAGGACAACGCUGAGGUCUUCAUUCCCAGCAAACCGGACCUGAUCGUGAACCCCCCACCACCCGCCGCGUUCCCAGACCCGGAGAGGGCCUGCUCCAGGCCUGGAAGCAGGCGAGAGAGACCCCUUUCAGCAACCCGCAAACCCGUGUGCACGACUGAGGACCCAGCGGAAGACGCCUGGGCGGUGCUGCGAGCCAUCCAGGUGGAGAACGCUGCCCUGCAGAGGGCCAUCCUCAGCAGAAAGGCUGAGCCCCAGGCCAGCCCACCGCAGGAUGCUGAGGGGCCACCAGCCAAACCAUGGAGCAGUCUGCUGCCGGCCAAGGACGAGGCCUCUGAGCUGCCUCCCAAGGCCCUGGUGACCACCAGCCCUGAGCCGCCCAGGACAGCAGGGGGAGCCAGAGCCGUCAGCCACGCCAUCGACAGGAUCGGCCUCUGGGGGUGCAGACAACAGCAGAAGCUUCUGAAAGUCCUGCAGGCCAUCGAGAGUGACUCCGCCCACUUCAGCGGGAUGGUUGUUUCCAGCAAGGAGCAGGACCUGGACCCAGAGGACAAGUGGAGAAUGGCGCCAGCGGAGGUCGGAGAGGCAGUCCACGUGACUAUGGAGAUCCUGUCCACCUGGGGCAGCGCCUCGCGGGUGGGCCUCACCGAGGUCGAGUUCUUCGACCUGAGCAGCACGAAGCUGUACGUGUCGCCCCACGACGUGGAAGUCCGGAGUGCCGGGGAGCCGGGGCAGGCGGGCAGCCUGGUCAACAGGGACUUAGCGAGCGAGGGGGACCCCUCCGUGUGGACCUGCCCCUUCCACCCGCCGCUCCAGCUCUGCUUCGUGAUCCGGAACACAAGACAGCUGCGUGACUUCCGCCUGGGCGAGAUCAAGGUUUGGAAUUACUGGACCAUGGAUGGCGACCUUGACGUCGGCGCCAAGGAUGUGAAGCUUUACGUCAACGGAAACCUCCUCUUCGAGGGCGCGUUGGAGAAGGGGGACGGGGAGGCGCCGGCCGGCCACACCAUCCCCGUGGACCUGAAGCGCGAGAGGAGCGAGGACGCCCUGGGCGCUCGCUGGGCAGAAAGCCAAGAUGCCCCCCAGACGGCUGGCGGGGACGGGCACGAGGAGCUCAGCCCCCACGGCUCGGAGCCCGCCGGGGCCUUGAUGGCCGUCAGGCUUCCCUCACCAGGAAGUCCGUCUGGAGACAGGGCGAGCUCUCCUGAGCGCACCGAGGACCGUCCCUCCAAGUCGGCGGCAGCGCCCGGCGCCCCUCCGCCUGCCCCAGCCCCGUGCCAGGAGCCCUCCCUGCUCCAGCAGCUGGGAAGCCUCGCGGGCGGAAGGCUCUGCCAGGCCCCGGGGAGGGCGCCCUGCUGGCUGCAGCCGGACCCCACCGGGAAGGGCAGGCCGAAGGCGGGCGGGAAGCCGCGGCCCCUCUGGCUCAGCCCCGGGAAGCCGCUGGACGGGGACAGCAGGCCCUCCGAGGACACCGCAGGGGAGGCUCCUGGAGAGCCGGGGGCCGAGGACAGCGAGCAAGGGCAGGCCACCAGCCGGAAUGUCCUCGCCAGGGAGAGACCCCCGAGGGGCCCGCCCAAGGCCCACGGCGACGACCUGGACUUCCUUGGCCAGCCCCCCAACAGGGAGCGCCCGGCCAGCGGGCGGAGGGGCACGAGGAAGGACGCCCUGGGCAGUGGGCACGGGGACGCCAGGCCCGCCGGCAGAGAAGACUCGCAGGCCGCCGGGUCGCAGGGGCACAGCCAGCAGGAGCGCACGCUGCGCGAGUCGUGGGACUCGCUUGGCGCCUUCGACCGCUCGCACCGCGGCCGCCUCUCCAGCCUGGACUUCCAGGGUGACGUCCUGGACGAGUUCCUGCAGCAGCAGAGGGGCAGCCGCCCCGGCCACCAGCCACCGCCCUGCGGGGAGGACCAGCCACAGCCUCCGAAAGGUCAGGGCGACGGCUCCGUCGAGCCAGGCGGCGGCAGUGACUUUAAAAUCCCCGUCUUGCCUUACGGACAGCACCUGGUCAUCGACAUCAAGUCCACCUGGGGGGACAGGCACUACGUGGGCCUCAACGGGAUCGAGAUCUUCAGCGCCGAAGGGGAGCCCGUGCACGUGCUGCGCAUCACCGCGGAGCCCCCCGACAUCAACGUGCUGCCAGCCUACGGGCAGGACCCCCGCGUGGUGGCCAACCUCAUGGACGGGGUGAACAGGACGCAGGACGACAUGCACGUGUGGCUGGCCCCCUUCACGCCGGGCAGGUCCCACUCCAUCUCCCUGGACUUCGCGCGCCCCUGCCAGGUGGCGCUCAUCCGGAUCUGGAAUUACAACAAGUCGCGGAUUCACUCCUUCCGCGGCGUCAAGGACGUCGUCAUGUGGCUGGACGCCCGCUGCAUCUUCGAUGGGGAAAUCGCCAAGGCCUCGGGCACCCUGACGGGAGCCCCCGAGCACUUCGGAGACACCAUCCUGUUCACCACGGACGAGGACAUCCUGGAGGCCAUAUUCUGUGCCGACGAGACCUUCGACGUGGACGCGGAGGCCCUGGGCGGCCUGCAGCUGGAGGAGGCGCUGCGGAGGCCCAGCACGGCCGACGGCGAGGGCCACGAGCGUCCCUUCACCCAGGCCGGCUCCUCCGCAGAUGGCCAGGUCCCAGGGCCAGAGCUACCACCCAGUCCCCCGGCUGCCCCGGAUGUGGACAGCACGCCAGAGCCGGGCAUCUACCACGGCCUCUGCCUUCAGCUGAACUUCACAGCCUCCUGGGGGGACCUGCACUACCUGGGGCUCACCGGCCUGGAGGUGGUGGGCAGGGAUGGCCAGGCGCUGCCCAUCCACCUGCACCAGAUCUCUGCCUCCCCCCGGGACCUGAAUGAGCUCCCGGAGUACACGGAGGACUCCCGCACGCUGGACAAGUUGAUUGACGGAGUCAACAUCACCAUGGAGGACGAGCACAUGUGGCUGGUCCCCUUCUCUCCGGGGCUGGACCACGUGGUCACCAUCCGCUUCGACAGAGCCGAGAGCAUCGCUGGCCUGCGCUUCUGGAACUACAAUAAAUCUCCCGAGGACACCUACCGAGGGGCCAAAAUCGCCCACGUGACCCUGGACGGCUUGUGCGUGUCGCCCCCCGAAGGCUUCCUCAUCCGGAAGGGACCUGGCAACUGCCACUUCGACUUUGCUCAAGAAAUCCUCUUCGUGGACCACCUGCAGGCUCAGCCCAGGCCCCCGCCGGCCAGGAGGCUCAGCAUGAGAAGCUCGGAGCGCGCCAGCAUGGACUACGAGGCCCCGCUGAUGCCCUGCGGCUUCAUCUUCCAGUUCCAGCUGCUGACCAGCUGGGGGGACCCCUACUACAUCGGGCUCACCGGGCUGGAGCUGUACGGCGAGCGGGGCGAGAAGAUCCCCCUGUCGGAGAACAAUAUCGCGGCCUUCCCGGACAGCGUGAACUCGCUGGAGGGCGUGUGCGGGGACGUCCGGACACCCGACAAGCUGGUGGACCAAGUGAACAACACCAGCGACGGCAGGCACAUGUGGCUGGCCCCCAUCCUGCCCGGCCUGGUGAACCGGGUCUACGUGAUCUUCGACCUGCCCACCACCGUGUCCAUGAUCAAGCUGUGGAACUACGCGAAGACGCCGCGCCGCGGGGUGAAGGAGUUCGGGCUCCUCGUGGACGACCUGCUGGUGUACCACGGGAUCCUGGCCAUGGUGGGCCACCUGGCCGGGGGCAUCCUGCCCACCUGCGAGCCCACGGUGCCCCACCACACCAUCCUCUUCACCGAGGACACCGACCUCUGUCACCAGGAGAAGCACACGGCCAUCAGUAACCAGGCAGAGGACCAGGACGUCCAGAUGACCAAUGAAAACCAGGCCGUCACCAGCUCCAGAAGGAAGCCGAGCGCGGCGGACCCAGCCCUGCGCCCCAAAACCUGCGUCAGUGAGAAGGAGCCAGCCAGACGGCGGCGGUGCUGACGCUGAGCGCCCAGCCCUGGGCCAGGGCCUCAGUCCCCGGUGUCACCACCAGGAUCCCCGAGGCCCAAGAAUCACAGCUCAGAGGGACAGGCGGCCAUGGGGACACAGGCUGCCGCUGCCGGGUGACCGUGCCCUGCAGCUUGGGCUGCUGCGGGAGCCGGGGACCCUGCCCGGUGCCUCCCAGCACAGCGCGGCCGGUGACCACCAGGCCUGCCCACCCGCCUCAGUCCCGGAGCUGAGGUGGGCGGGCCUCGUCCAGCUUCUCAGGCCCCGCAGGGUCAGCAGCGGGAGGCCGGCCCUGGAGAAGGCCAGCUGCACACUCGGGCUGGCAGGGGGCCGUGUCUCCUGGGCCCCAAGGUCUGCCCGGGCUUCCGCCAUCCCCCGUUUAUCCAGGGUCCCCCAGGCCCAGUGGAGGAAAAGGGGACCCUCGGGGGCUGGCCUGGGGCCUGUCGCUCGCCAAGCCUGAGACAGGACUGGCCGUGGCGUGCAUCCUGCGAGGGAAGGACGCGAGCAGGGCCUGCCAGCGCCUGGACGCGCCCUGGACUCGGCCCUUGCCCCCUCGGCGGGGCUGCCCAGCCCUCCGCCCGCCCAGCCGCCGGGAGCUGGGCGCGCCGCACCCCCGCGGGAGCCCCGAGCCUCCCUUUCCUUCUAUGUAACAAGCUCGGAUCAGGAGCCUAAUUGGUUUCCCAGUGGUGGGUAAUUUCUCGUUCCAAAUAUUAAUCCGUUGUUUUCCUGGCGCCCAGCCCGGCGCUGCCUCUCCGAGUGCGUUCCCACGCAGCCCAGCCGCACAUCCUUGAUGAGCUUCGCAGCCGGCCGGGCGGCCAUGCAAAUGCGCUCUUCGCAGGGGCGGCUGAUGUGCAGAUAGCAAUGGUUUCUCCGGGGAAGAUCCAUCAUCGCCAGCUCCCAAGCCCCUGCUCCCGCCCAGCUCCAGAUGUGCCCAGCCGCCGGGCCCCUGGCUCCCACCCCAGGAGCGCUGCCCUGGAGCUGGGCUGGUCACCGAAACAGUGCCAUUGCCCCGAAGGGAGCCCGACCCUCCAUCCCGCUCCGCCUGGGUGGGUGGGAUCCGCAGGGGGCACGCUGGCUGCCAGGACCUCGGUUGGUUUUAUAAUAAUCGUAUGUACCAUGCAAUUUAGGAGGGAAAGGAGCUGUAAAGGCAUUAACUUGAAAAUAAAUUUCUAUUUUUUUCUCUUGCAAAAUCAAUAAAAGAUGUUAU